GUUCAGUACUGCGGCUUGCUGUUUCGCCAUGAGGGCUGGCCCCUGUGUAUUCACGAGAAGAUUGUAGUCCAGCUGGCUUCCAUUGACUGGCGAAUCUUGAAGCCUGGUGACUUCUACCUGCAAGUGGUCCCCUAUCUCAGGAAGUCUCCACGAAUUGUACUGAAAUGUUUGGCAAAAGACAAGCAUAACGUAGAGGAAGUUGUGAUUCCAGAAGUUUCCUAUACCUCUAUUUUCACUCUGGAAUGGUUGAGUACUGUCAAUGGAGAGCGGAUGGGUAUAGCACUGGAAAAUUGUUUACUAACCACUGAUGAUAAAAUAUUUCGUGUCCCCUGGGAUAAAGUGGUUAAUCCUGAAUUUAUAAAUAAACCAAAACUAAUUGAAAACACUGUCAUCUCUCCCGAAAUAACAGAGGAACCUUCAAUUUUGUGCCUCCCCAUGGACCAUGCUGAGUGCAGUUCACCAGACCUAGGAUCUCAGUAUCUACAGGAACAAAGUCCAAAUCGAGACAACCUGGUUAUUAGCAGCACAGCUCUGCAGCUGAGUGAAGCUCUUGUCAGUGGUGUGUGUACAAGUCCAGUGCCUCAAGAGAACUUGAAAAGUGACCUUGAAGGGGAGUACGUUGAGCUGACAGAAGUUUCACUGCCCAGGUUUGGGCCACCAACAGGCUCUUUAACCCAAUCGCUAGCUUUAAAUUAUCUAACUCAGCCCAGGACACGAGUGAAUGCGUCUAAAGGCAAGCACAGGUUUAUUGUCAUUCAAGACAGUAUCUACUCCAAGAACUUAAUUCAGUCGGCACUUAUGCAGAAGGAGCACUGUCAAAUGGACACUCUGAGGACUUCUUCCACAGAAGUUCUCAAGAAUGUAAUUCCGUUGGAAAGCAAAAAAACGAUGGCACAUGGAGAGCUGUCUUCAGAAAGUCAGCUGGCAUCAGGUCAUCCUGGAAACAUGGGGAAUAGCUUUCCUGUAGCUGAGUCUCCUGCCUGCAGUGCAGAAGAUUCAUCUGCAGAGCAGGAGACCCACAGUGAACACUCAAUCGACUGGCGAUAUGCACUGUGCAGCUACAGCGACAUGUGUGCUGGUGAUGGUGUCAACUGCAAAGCACAAAUGCCUGGUGGUCCUGGAAAUGUGGAAGGAGAAAACGAUGGUCUUAGUGGAAAUCCUGGUGUUGAAACAUCAGAGCAGAGCUCAGAAACAAUUCUAGAUGCUGCUGCUGUUCCUGCUAAAGAGGAGUUGAUAUUGAGAGGACAUGGAGAACCACUGACUGAGGGUCAAAAUGAGGUGACACAUAUGGAUCCCUCUUCUGUGUCUGUCCUGGGACCUUCAGGACCACAUUGCACACUGAAGGAAGGUUCUGAUGUUUCUUGCCAGAGUGUCAGUAAAAGUGUUAUGCCUGUCCAGGCUGGUACAUUGCUUAUCAUGCCUGAGAGUUCAGAUGUAGGUGUGGAGGGAGGCUCUCCUUCAGGGAACAUGGCAGAUGUAGGAGCAAUUGAUGCUUGCUGCAGCGAUCAGGAAGCAAAUCUUAGCCCUCCAUUAAAUCCUCCAGAACAGAACCAAGGAGAAGUAGAUGAAUUCAAGCUGGGAAAAAGGGACGGCCCUGAGGAAGUCAAAGAGAUUGAACAAAUAUUGACUGUAAAUGAGAAUCAGACUAGUCAUAGUCACCAUUCUGUCAAGCCUCCUACAGAUGGUGAAGAGCAAGAGGUCUCUGCAUGUCAGCAUAAGAAAGCUGAAGAAGCCACACUACUCCAAACUGCUCUGUCAGCAGAGGGAGAUCAGACGGCAGAACGAUUAAAUAACAGUGACGCUUUGAUGGGCCCUGAUGCACAAGCAGAAGGCUCAAGUCAAUUCAGAACCCAGAGAUCUGGAGAGAGGUGUGAGGAACCACAAAGAGGGGCAGAAAACCAGGGCUGUAGAAGUGAAGAGAACUCUGUGUUGAACCCAGAGUGUGUUGCAGGACAGGACUUGCAGGGAGGGGAGGAGGACCAGGGAAGUUUUUCUUAUGGGGAAAAUUCAAAGACUGUAGCCUUAAAAACACUGGAAUCCAUUGAAGAGGAACUGGAGGUUGGACCACUGUCCUCAGGACCUGCUGAGGGGCAUACAGAGCCCACCACUCUGCACUCCCACCAAGAGGCAAUGUCUGGGGCAUCAUCUCCUAAAGGACAAGUCUUGGCCACUGCUGCACAUGUCAGCAAUGACAGACCCUUCUGGGGGAUGGUGUCAGAAGGGGCAGAGACGAGGAAAGAAGCAACUGGCACAGAUGUGUUGAAACCAGUGAGUAAAGUCAGUGCCCUGGAGGAAACCUCAACAGCUGUUACUCCCCCAACGUCCCCGGCUUCUGGGACUGCCUGGGGUGGUCGGUCUGCACCUACCAUAAUCAAGGAUGUGAACCCAGAAGUGCUCAGGAGCGGAGUUGCCUGCCUGCCUGGUACCAGAGAUAAAUCAGGACGUGCAGUGGCCAUAAUAACAACAAGGAAUACAGCCUGGUUAAACCCCCACUGCAAUACCACUGAGCUUGUACGCCUUCUUCUGUACUUGCAUAGCAUCCCAAGACCAGAAUGUCAGGCUUUGGGUCUGACUGUUCUUGUGGAUGCUCGUCGCUGUUCACCGGUUCCUGCUCUCUUCAAGGCGUUCAGCAUAUUGCAGGACAUGGAUCCUCACUGUAUUCAUGGAGUACUGCUUCUGGUUGAAAGAGAUGUGACUUUUCGGAUGGAGAAGCCACCUGCAGGACAG